GCAUUACAGUUUGACACAGCACAGUAUAACACUGGAGUGAAUGUCCGCAAUUGUGCAUGGGGGAAAUUAUGAAAAUAAGUUGUUGUGACCAGUUUUACAUUUAAAGUAGCAACAUUGAGGAUCUUAUUACGUUAAGUCUUUUGCAUACAUGACAGUGAAGGACAGACUGCCGACCAUUCUUACCAAAGUAAUCGACACCAUCCAUCGAAAUAAAAACAAGUUUUUCGAAGAGCAUGGAGAGGAAGGUGUCCAGGCAGAAAAGAGAACAAUUUCCCUCUUGUCCAAACUAAGGAAUGAGCUACAAACGGACAAGCCCAUCCUGGAACUGGAAGACGGGAUGGCUGAUACGGACCUCUGGAACCAGUAUCUGCAGAAGCAGCAGGAAUUAUUGGACAAGCAGGAAGCUCCCAGCUGGUUUAAAUCCCCCUGGCUUUACGUGGAAUGCUACAUGUAUCGCAGGAUCCAGGAAUCCCUUCACUUAAAUCCCCCAGUCAGUGAUUUCGACGUGUUCAAGGAGGCCAAAACGCAGAGCUACUUUGAGUCCCAACAAGCCAUAAAAGCCAUCUGCACACACCUGCAUGGGCUGCUGGAAGGCGUAGAGGGGCUCCCCGAUAGCCAGCUUCAGGGGCAUUUCCUUCAGCUGCUGCAGGUGUCCUUAUGGGGAAACAGGUGUGACUUGUCGAUAUCAGCGGGUAAGGAGAACGCCCAGAAAUGCAGCCCUAUUGAUUCACUUGAAGAGCUGAAGCACUUCAUCUUGGUGGAUGACUCCAGCAUGGUCUGGUCCACCCUGAUGAACAGCAACAUGUCGGGGGAGAAGCCACAGGUGAGGGUGGACUUCAUCCUGGACAACGCAGGCUUUGAGCUGGUCACUGACCUGGUCCUGGCUGAUUUCCUCGUGUCCUCUGGACUUGCUCGAGAAAUCUGCUUCCAUGGGAAGUCCAUUCCAUGGUUUGUCUCUGACACCACCAGGAAAGAUUUUGAUUGGACCAUAAAGCAGACAUUAGCGACUAAUCACAGGUGGGUGUCCUGGUGUGGUGCCCGAUGGCAGAAGUACAUGAAGGACGGGGUCUGGUCCUUCCACAGCCACCUGUUCUGGACCCUCCCGCACGAAUUUUGCGACAUGGCAGCCGAUGCACCUGACCUGCAUAACUUCCUCCAGCAGUCACAUUUGAUCCUGUUUAAGGGUGAUCUUAACUACAGGAAGCUGACCAGUGACCGGGCUUGGGACCACACCGUGCCCUUCCAGAAGGCCCUGAGGGGAUUCGAACCUGCACCGCUCUGUAGUCUACGGACCCUGAAGGCCAACGUGCAGGUGGGCCUCCCUCCGGGCCGUGGGGAGGACCUGACGGCCCAGGAGCCUGACUGGAUGACCGGAGGGCGGUUUGCUGUAGUACAGUUCUUCUGCCCCAGCAAUGAGCAGCAGAAUCCUCGCAGGAAGUGAUGGAGUCUGACAGACACAGGAAGUGCAGCAAGGAAGUGCUGACACGCACAGGAAGUGAUGGAGUCUGACAGACACAGGAAGUGCAGCAAGGAAGUGCUGACACGCACAGGAAGUGCAGCAACAUGGGAAAUUAUCCUCGAAAGCAUUGUAUUAUGUGACGGCACAAAAUGUCAGUGGCUAAAUCUUACUUACUACUUAUCACUAGUAUAUGUUUUCAAUAUUACAGUAACCUACAUGCAUAAUUCUAUUGCUUCAAAGAUAAAUUAAUUCUUUCAUUUUAAUUGCACCAUUUUGAUUUUUUUUUUUUUGUGAACGUUUAUAAAGGUUGCAAAACUGUUUUCUUAGUUUUUAUCCAAUCAUGAGGUUUAGGGGUUGAAAAUUGGCUGACUGUACCAGUUAUUUGGUUGAAUCCUAAAUCAGUGCUUGAAGUACUGUUACUACAUUCGGCACUUUGGGUGGCUGGUCGUGGAGCUGUAUGUAUCUGGCUGUGAUGGUCCCCACUGAGGGCACUCAGCUGGGGCCGGAAUUGCAGCGCAGCCUUUAACAAAGUAGUGUGUCAUAGGUUCAUGGUGUCAAUAAAGCAGCCUAAUAGUGAUUUCCGGGCUCUUAAAUGGUUUAUGUUCAUCCUGUUUUCUGACUUCAUAAAAAGCCUUCAUGUUGUGUAGUAGACCGGAGCCUUUGUAGUGUUUACGGACAUUUGACUGCUUUUCUUGGAUCUACAUGUAUGUGUCUUGUCCGUCAUGUAAACAUACCGGGAAAACAUUUCCGAUCAGUUAUUUAACCACUUUUUUUUGCUGUAUUUCUGCUCUGGGACUUGAAAUGCACUUUGUGGUGGCUGUUCCAUAAGCACACCACAUGUGAGAGUUUAAAGUGACAACGGUUUACAUUUUAAAUUUAAAUUGCUGACACAACAGGGAUACUGCAAUACUGCAGUGAUUUGAGGCUCCUCCCACUUCGGUGAUGGUGCUGGCUGUCAAUAACGACAUGUAUGCGCUUUUCCUACUAAUAAAUUCAUCAAAAUUGUU